UUAUUGCUUUUCAAAUGCACCAUUCUCCGGCGGCGGCGGUCCCGGGAGGGUUUGGAAUUCAUUGCUGCCGGAGAGGUUGGAACACCUGAAGCUCUCAUCUGCGGUGCCUGUGGGUGCUAUAGAGGGUUCCAUCAAAUUUUUGAGUUCCAGGUACCAGCACCCCCUCCUCUUCCUCCACAUGAAAACCCGGAGAUUCAAAUGCCAGCUGAGCCAGUUGUGGAGUUACAAUUUGCUGAAGAUGCACCUAAUAGUCCUCCACCAGUUGAGGAAAGCUCUGAAGAAGAAUCAAAUGUAGGUGAUCUUGAAGAGGGGAGCUUCAAUAAUUAA